GCAACUAAAGAAAGAAAUUAUGAACUGCAGAGCAUUCUUCAUCAUCUUAGCCAUCCUGAUGCUUUCUGGACAUUUGGCAGAUGGCCAAGCCAUCGAUUCAGUGAAAGUCAAUCUGCGAUGUCAAUGCAUCAAAUCCACACAUGAGAUCAUCCCCCGAAAGUUAAUCAAGAAUCUUGAAAUCAUACCUGCGGGUCCACACUGCGCCAAAGUUCAAAUCAUUGCAAUCCUUAGAAAAGGAAGGAAGGUCUGUGUGAAUCCAGAGGCACAUUGGAUACAGAAGAUAAGAAGAAUUUUGCAAUGAAAAGAAGAUAAUUGAGGGAAGAUGGACAAUCCCUUAGAACUGGUUAAUAGCUUCUGCAAGAUUGCCGUUAUUUCUGGUAGUUACGUUGGCCCAGCCUUUCCUGUUUGAAAAGGAUGCCUGGUAUUAACACUCUAAACGGGCUGAAGUUGAAAUGAGAAGCUUGUAUCUUAUUUUGUAUUAAUUUCCUUACACCUAUAGACCAAUCUUGACUGUUGGCUUGAUCACAAGCUCUGUGCUUUCCCAGAGGUUAAUUUAGUUUUCUUUCAUUGGAAUCUCAGUCUAGAGUGAAUGGUGGCAGAGGACACAGGGUCAUUACUGAUGGUCAGUACACUUGUACUGGUUUAAGUCCUUAUAUUUUAAUGUGAAUAGAUUCAGAAAUACUUGUAAUAAUAUUUAUUUUGGCAUUGAUCUUUACAUCUCAGUUUUCUAUAAAAUAUGCUUGUCAAUAAAUACCUGGGAAUACUUAACACACUGUUAUAAUUCAUCACUGGAAGUAGUAUGUUAUUAUAGUGGAGAAGUUAAGAUAACAAACACUGCACUCUGUCUUAUUUCCUGAUGGGUAUUUUGUUUUUGUGCAUUUAGGUUAUUCUUCAUUAUCCUGUUGGGACUGAAUAUAGUUGCCAGUUAUAGUAAGUUAGCUUAGUUAAAGCUAUUACCAACUUAUAGCCAGGUCAGUAAACAGAGGAACACUGGUUUACUUACAUAGUACAGAAAGACAACUGAUACUAGACGAUCAAAUAUAGAAAUCGAUCAUCCUGCUUUAAAAUAAUUUGAAUAGGCAUACGUAAUUUGAAAUGAGUUUAAUCAGUCAGCUUUGUUGUAGUUUA